AACAAAACUAGUCACAACAAACGUGGAGCGGAAGCCAGCAGCCUCGAGUGUGUGUGAACCAGUUGUGAUCCCCAGUGACAUAUCCGUAAAGAAAUAGAGAUAUUCAGAGAGAAAGAGAGCAAAGCUGGUCUGAAAAAAAAGCUUUUCGAGACAGGAGCAAGUUUUAUAGUGAGCCAAAGUGAACGUAGCUCUCGGCGUGUGGAAAUCAUACACACACUCAGUUGAUUCAUUGCCACCAAGCCACUGAACCGCCUCGCAUUCCGCGAAUACCCGAAAAAACCAGCAAGUCCACCGCAAAAUGCUACGAUCCCUAACCUUACCACCGCUGCUGUUGGUGAUGAUGAUGAUGAUGUCUUUGACCAUAGAUGCGAGGAGUGUUAAAAUAAAGAUCUCCACAACUGAGGAGCCUGUGGAGGACACUACUUACAUGCGACUGCCGGAUGGUACCAUCACAGUUGACAUCGAUUCGGACUUGAUACUGACCACCAGUCCUGAGGGUGAGACGUUUAGCGAGGCCAGUCCUUUAGAGCUGACCGAGGAACCGCUGCCCGAUUCGGUGAUCCAGCAACUGGAGAGGGAACGGGCCCAGGAGGAGCGGGCACGUAAUCCCAUUGACACGGAAUCGGAAACGGAAGCGGAAACUGAGGAAACAACUACCGAAAGAAGAAGAACCACCAAAAAGAGUCAUAGGUUUGGAGCUGGCACCUCAAUGCCAAUGGGUUUCAGUUCGUUCCCCACCAUGAAGCCGGAAUAUAUUACCACCGAAAACACCCAGGGCACCACUCAGUAUCAGGAGAUGGCAACCCCAAAGAAUUACUUUAAACGCUGGCCAGCCAAUGUGGAUAAGGGUGGUGAUAUGGAAAUGGCCGAGAACCGAAUGGAAACCACCACAAUGGAUGCACUGACAUUUCAGGACGAGAAGCAGGACUAUGUGACCACUCCAGUGAUGAUCAUGACAACGGAGGGCAAUUUAUUGGGUGAGCGGGUUACAUACCCCACCAAAGCUGAGACUGUCACCACCCAGUCACCGCUCUUCCGGUUCUUCACUACUACCUCUGCAAAACCCCUGGUUACGGAGACACAGCCAGAGACAACAACAAUGUGGCCAGAAACCAAGGAAGAAGCCACUACAAUGCCUGUCUUAAUGGAGAGCACAGAAACUAUCACUGAGAGAGCGGAAACCACCACAGCCACCACAGCCACAGAGCCGGAACCACUGACUGCCAGAAUGGAACUAUAUCUGAAUGCCGCCUUGGAGAGCACAUCAACAACCACGACCUCAUCAACGAGUGCUCCUGAAGCCACAACAGUUCCAGAGACCACAACCUUAAGUAUAGGUAUUCCAGAGACCACGACAUCUACUACGAGUGCUCCGGAAACCACGACAACUACUCAGAGUGCUCCGGAAACCACGACAACUACUCAGAGUGCUCUGGAGACCACAACAUCGACGUCCAGUGCUCCAGAGACCGCGACAUCAACUACAAGUGCUCUGGAGACCACGACUUCUACUACGAGUGCUCCAGAGACCACAACAUCGACGUCCAGUGCUCCGGAGACCACGACCUCGACUACGAAUGCUCCUGAGACUACCAGAGCUCCGGAGACCACGACUUCGACGACCAGUGCUCCGGAGACUUCAAGGACUCCCGAGACCACAACUUCGACGACCAGAGCUCCGGAGACCACGACUUCGACGACCAGUGCUCCGGAGACUUCAAGGACUCCCGAGACCACAACUUCGACAACCAGCGCUCCGGAGCCGACAAUAUCGACGACCAGUGCUCCGGAGGUUUCCACGACAUCGACUACUACCACUCCAUUGACCACAAUUCCAUCAACCAGAGCUCCUGAAACCACAACCACAACCACAACCACAACGCCUCGCCCCAUUCUGACGCGUGCUCCCCGCGUGGAGCGGAUCUUCAACUCGGACGGUGUGGAGGUGCUCUACGGCUACUCCUCGGUGGUGCGGACGAACCGCUCUUGAUCUGGAGCUGGGGCCCGGUAAGGCCAUCGAGAACACGACCUUGCCAAGGUCGGACAACUUGCCAUAAUGCGGAGACGGUGACAAAAGAGACAUUGAGCGAUGGAAGCGCGCGCAUUCAUUUUAGGCAAUUUUCAAUUCUAAACAAGUUUUAAGCGAAGAAAAAAAAUUAUAUAUAUUUAAAUUUCAAUCGGCGGGACCAAGCACAGUGUUGUUGUGAUAAACCAAAAAAUACAUGAAAAAUCCGCAAAAGAGAGAAAGAGAGAGAAGUGAAACAAAAAACAAAUAUGUAAUAUUAUUGUGCAAAAAAUUGUGUACACAAAAUGAGGGGAAGAGAAGAAAUGCUGGAGACGAACGAUUUUAUAAAUUAUAAAUAAAACAUGAACCAC